AUGACGGCAGGAACGAUCGAUUUUUACUUCUGGCCAGACCAAGCAACGCCAACUACACCGGCGCCAGGGCAGCCUAGCACGAGCGUUAACGCAGAAGGAUUCACCUUUACAUCGCCGAGUGUAUACAUGGCCUUCAGUUCGUUGGUCGCGAGUAACGCAUGCGGCCAAGUAGGAGAUGCCUGGACCAAUACGACAAUAGCUUUCGACGCCUCAGAGAUCACGACUGCACGACCCGUCACCACUUUGACGCAAUACGAAUCCGAUUAUGUGUCUGACGGCUCGACUUACAGAGAUAUGGGAUCAGCCGUGACAACACAGCCUCCACCAAAGUCUGUGGACUUCAACGACGUGGGGCAAAACUGCUCCACGAUUUCUGGAUACGUUUACUGGCCUGACAAUCCCAUCAACGCAGCGAAUGCAAUGUAUCAUGACGAUCCUUGUCACCCUGUUAUAUUGUUGCCGCCAAGGCUGAUCAGUAUGCAACAGCCCUGGGUCUAUGCAAACUGUGGAGCAGACCCAAACAUGAGUGGAGCCUACGACCCGCCAAGGGUAUUGACACCAAUGCUUACUGGUACCGAACUUGCUACUCCAACACCGCAGUGGGGUGGUCGCGUUAACGGAGACGGAGAUGCCAGUCCAGCGUCCAGUGCUGAGGCUGGUGCACCUAGUACGACAACUACAAGACCGGUUUCCACUGGUGUGACUGCGGUCUACGAAUCAGCCAAGCCUUCAGCGACAGCAGAGGAUGUUUCGACCGUGACGUUGACUGCAAAUGCUGUGACAACAGCGAUUGUGGUUUCUGGUCAGCAUGUUGGCCCCGAUUCGGUCACAGGUAUAGCUGGCGCAAUUCUAAGUGGCCUUGGAGGUACUGACACUGGGUCCGGAUCUAAAUCGAAUGCUGGAGAAAGUGCAUCGAGAUGGAACCCCACUCAAGCUGUUGCUGUAUCUGAUGUUACUGCUUCUCGUGCUGUCAAGCCUUCGAGCAGCUCAAGUGACAAGAAGACUUCCAGCAGCACUAGUGACACCAGCGGCUCGUCCUCUGGUUCUGGCAGUGGUACUCAGAGUGUCGCUGCGGCGGCUGCUACGCAAAGCGGUGCUGCGCCAUCCAAGACGCUGGGCAACCUAGCUAUCUGGACAUUCCUUGCGCCGAUAUUCCUCCUUUGGAUAUAA